AUGGGUAAAAUUGACAACCAUGGUAACCAAUUUCCGGGGCAUGUAGCACUCAUUGCUGCACCCUCAAAUGGUUCCUCUACAGAUGCUUUAUUAAGAAAAUUCUGGGAGAUUGAAGAAAUACCCAAACCAGUGCCAUCACAUCCAGAUGAUGUCAUUGCCGAAAGAAUUUUUAAGAACAACCACUAUAGACUAGGAACUGGUCGUUAUGUAGUUCCUCUUUUGAUACGUAACGAUGCGUCACCACUGGGUGACUCGAAAAGCCUUGCUCUUCAGCGUUUAAACGGAACUGAGCGCCGUUUCAACAAACAACCUGAAUUGAAGGAAAAGUACUCGGAAUUUUUGAAAGAAUACGAGUCUCUAGGUCACAUGGGCUUAGUGAACUCGGAAAAUUUUGGACUCGCUAGAUAUUAUAUUCCUCAUCACGCUGUUUUCCGUGAAGAUAGCGCAACUACAAAGGUUCGCGUGGUUUUCGAUGGAUCACAAAGGUCAAGUUCUGGCAUUGCCUUAAAUGAAAUUUUGUACUCCGGUCCUAAACUUCAAAAGGACGUUUUUGAUGUCAUUGCGAGAUUUCGAAUUCAUCAAAAAGUGUUUACAUGUGACAUAUCCAAGAUGUACCGGCAGAUUUUACUGAGACCUGAUGAGCGGAAAUAUCAACAUAUAUUUUGGCGUCAUGAUGGGGAAUUGAAGGAAUUUGAACUUAAUACAGUGACUUAUGGUCUUUCUUCAUCGCCUUUUCUCGCACUGCGUGUCAUAAAACAACUUACGGAAGAUGAAGGACAUAAAUAUCCUGCAGCAGCCACUGCGCUCUGCCGGGACAUGUUUGUUGACGACUUG